AUGGCUCGAGGCAUUUCUCACGUCGGUGGGAGGAGGAGGGACGUCCGCAUCGUCGAGGUGGGACCUCGCGACGGGCUUCAAAACAUCAAGACGACUAUCCCGACGGCGACGAAGCUGGAGCUGAUCGCCCGUCUGCGCGACACGGGGCUGGAGACGAUAGAGAUCACGUCCGUUGUCUCACCGCGCGCUAUCCCGCAGUUAGCCGACUGUCGACAAGUUCUCGCAAAUCAAACAAUCAAGACUCUGUUACCCGAUGACAAUCUUCGACUUCCCGUCUUAAUUCCCAACCUGAAGGGGUUGCAGAUUGCCAUGGAAAACUCAGUGCGAGAGGUAGCGGUGUUUGUGAGCGCCAGUGAGGGAUUCAGCCGAGCCAACAUCAAUGCGACUGUUGACGAGGGGUUGGCAAGGGCGAGACAAGUGGCCCAGAAAGCAACCGCUGCUGGUCUGGCGGUUAGGGGAUAUAUCUCGUGUAUCUUUGCAGACCCAUUCGACGGGCCCACUCCACAGGCAGCUGUGCUCAAAGCUGUGCGCGAACUGUUGGAUAUGGGAUGCUAUGAAGUCAGUCUGGGCGAUACACUCGGCAUUGGCACAGCGGCCGACGUCAGGAGCUUGCUCCUGUACCUUGAGAAUAACGGGAUUUCUGCGUUCCAACUUGCGGGGCAUUUUCACGACACAUAUGGCCAAGCAGUCGGCAACGUCUGGCAGGCUUAUCAGUGUGGUCUGCGAGUAUUCGACAGCAGCGUUGGUGGAUUGGGAGGCUGCCCGUUUGCGCCCGGAGCGAAGGGAAACGCUGCCACCGAAGAUUUAGUGUUCCUGUUCCAGCAGGCUGGGCUUGAGACAGGUGUUGACCUUCCGAAGCUUGUGGAGGUUGGGAAUUGGAUUUCGGACCAGCUCAAGAAACCAAAUGAAAGCCGUGCUGGGGUUGCUCUGACAGCCAAACACGCCCUCCUUCAUUCUAAAAGUACGAUACAGCAAAAGAGUGAAGUUGACCCUGGACUCUCAUGGACGUUGGUCAGUGAGACAGAGAGCAUCAGAGUAUAUCGCUUCGGAGUCAAUCUCAAAGUGGUUCUCAAUCAGCCAAAGAAGGGUAACGCCCUGACCACCGCAAUGAUCGGCGAUUUAACAGAGCUUUUCCGCAGCGCGCGAGGCAAUCGCACAAUUUCUCGCAUAGUCAUCACGGCCGAAGGAAAAUACUUCUGUGCCGGUAUGGACCUUGGAAAAGGGACCUCGCCGGUUGCACAGUCGAGCGAAGUCAGUGAUGCACAAUAUGGGCGGCUCACGCAGCUAUUCGAGGCGAUUGACAAGGCACCUCAGGUGACAAUAGCCGGCAUCAACGGAUCAGCUUUCGGUGGUGGAGUUGGACUCGCCUUUGCGUGCGACAUCAGGAUCGCAGCCAAAUCUGCCACGUUUACUCUGAGCGAGGCCAAACUAGGGUUGUGUCCAGCAACGAUCUCGACAUAUGUGAUCAGAGAGUGUGGAUUUGCUUUCACCCGAGAGGCCAUGCUCUCUGCCAGGGCGAUCCCAAUGGAUGAGUUCCGGUCCUUGGGUUUGAUCACUAAGGUUGUGGACGAGCCUGGGCAGCUGCCGUCAGAAUUGGAUCGGUACUUGAUUCGCCUGAAGGUAGCUGGGCCUGAAGCAUCAACUAUGUGCAAAGAACUGAUCCAGCUGGGUUGGGCCCAGGCCGGAAGCGAGCAGCAAGCAAAAGGGAUUAAGCAGCUCUUCGACAAGAUGAUGCGCCCCGAUGGAGAAGCAGCAAUUGGGCUGAGAGCGUUUCAAGCCACGAAGAAGGCACUUGACUGGGAUGAAAUUACACUGGCGCGAUCGGCUGCUGCUGCGAAGCCCAAGUUGUAG